GCCUCGUUCUCAAUAAGGCAUAUGAGCAGAGAAAAUGGCGGCCACGAGGAAUGAUGAUGAAGACAGGACUUGGGUAGAAGUUAAAGAAGGACGGGCAGCAGUUCUAUACCCAGCUUCGGAAUCAGUAUUUUACAACCCAGUGCAGCAGUUCAAUAGAGAUUUGAGCAUUCUUGCGAUUAAAGAAUUCAUUUCGAUUUAUUGCAAAGAAUGGGAGGAAAAGGAAAAGACAAAACAAAGUAGACAUACGAAAAGCUCUCAUAAUGAAAUGUUACAAGAACAGCAAAGCAGCGAAGGUAUGGAAGCUACUCAUAGACCAAAAAUACGUGUGAUGGAAGGGCUUGCAGCUACAGGACUGCGGUCGAUAAGGUAUGCACUGGAAAUAGAUGGCAUUGGAGAGAUCGUAGCUAACGAUAUAAGCAAAGCUGCUGUGGAAAAUAUAGAGCGAAAUGUAGGGCAUAAUAAAGUUGACAGCAUAAUCAAGCCAAGCCUUAAUGACGCAGGACUCCUCAUGUACCAAAACAAGUUCCCACUUUCAAAGAGGUUCCAGGUAAUUGACUUAGAUCCUUAUGGUUCACCUGCAUCAUUUCUUGAUGGAGCUGUACAAGCAGUUGAUGAUGGUGGCCUUCUUUGUAUAACAUGCACUGACAUGGCUGGGCUCUGUGGCAAUCAUGGAGAAGCAUCAUUUGCAAAAUAUGGUGCAAUGCCAUUAAAAUCAAAGUGCUGCCACGAAAUGGCCCUGAGGAUUGUUUUAGGAUCAAUUGAAGCCCAUGCUGGAAGAUAUAAAAGGUAUAUGAUGCCUCUGCUCUCUGUUAGUGCUGACUUCUACGUUAGAGUCUUUGUCAGGAUAACAACAAGUGCCAGCGAGGUAAAGAGAUCAGCCAGCAAAAAGUCAUAUGUCUUCCAAUGUGUUGGCUGUGACAGUUUUCACCUUCAGCCAGUCGGCAAAAGAAUUGAAGAAGGGAACAAGAAAAAGUACAAUCCGGGCACAGGUCCUGUUGUUGGAGAAAGCUGCAAAGAGUGUGGCCAGAGGUUUCAGAUUGGCGGACCAAUUUGGUCCGAGCCGAUGCAUGACAAACAAUUUGUAGAAUCUCUGCUCGAACGGUUAUCUAACGAAAAUGAACUAUAUGGAACAUCGCAAAGAAUGAAAGGAACUUUGACGGUGGUGUCUGAGGAACUGGAAGACGCGCCACUGUACUAUGUUAUCGACAAAUUAGCGAACGUGAUUCACUGCUGCGUACCAUCAAUGCUUCAGUUCAGAUCGGCUUUGAUCAAUCUUGGAUACCAGGUUUCCUCAACUCAUGCAAACAGCAAUGGGGUGAAAACGGACGCACCACCUUCAGUAAUUUGGGACAUUCUAAGAUGCUGGGAGAAGGAGCACCCGGUUUCUGAAAAAACAAAGACUGCCCAGUCACCUGCAGCAGCAAUUUUGUCAAAGCCACCAAAAAUAGAGGCAUCGUUUGUUGUGGUAGAGGAAGCAAAUCCUAAAUCAAGAAAAAUGAAAAUUUCCAGGUUCCCAGAAAACCCACUGCCUGAUUGGGGGCCCAAAGCCAGGGCCAAAGGAUCAACAAAAUUUCAGUCAUUGUCUGAGAAAAGAAAACAGCUUCAAGGAAAGAAAACAAAGAGGAAAGAAUUGUCAAGUCAUCCAUUAACUAAAGAUUUUCCAUGCAAAAGACAUAAACAAGGGCUCUGUGAAUUCUCUUCUGAAGACUGUAGAUACCUUCACAAAGAAGAAUCGACCACUAUGGCUGGAUCCCCAGAGAAUGCUACAACGGAGAAGUGAAACCAUUGUCUUUAACAUAGGAUAUCAGCGCAUCAAAUUCUGUAUAGAAUCUGUGAAAUCAGGAAGUAAUAGCCAACAAUUCACUUUUAGAAAUUGGGUUCCAAAAGUAGCUGAUGCAUUCAUCUUUGCAUCCCAUAUUUCUUCCUGAAAGAAAAAAACGUGGUCUUUAAUAUCGGUUUUUGAAUUGUUUGUACUUGACUGAUCUUUCGGCGAGGUAAAAUUAUAUCUGACUUUUUUUAUCAAAAUCUUUUUUCGUGAAGAAACAAAUUAUUUAGUUGUACACACUUUUUUACACAAAAAGCAAUGAUCACAAAAGCACAAAACGUUUUCCAAGUAAAUUCUAAAAUUAUCAAAAUCACAGAAUUUUAAAUCUUGUUCCAAUCAAAAUGAUUAUUUUAUUUUCCACGAGAUACCAUCUAACUGUAGAACAAGAGAUAUUAUGCGAGGUGUUGUAUAAGAUAUUUCUUUAAAGAUAUCAUCGACAUUCAACUUAAGUUAAAGAUAUCGAGUUUUUAUGUGCAAAAGAAUUCCUUCUAUCACAAAUGUAAACCGUUUCACCCUAUUGGCAUGAAAAAUAGUCUAUUUUCAAGGCUCAAAAAAUAAGCAAACGGGUGUAGGAUAGUACUUAAAGAUGAAGCUGUCGUGAGUGAAAAAUAUAGUAAUAAGUACGACAUGGUACGGUUAAACCACCAAGAAAAGAAAGCAGCAUUGCAGUUUGAGGAUAGAAACAUGGAAAAGACUUAACUAAAUUCAUUUUACCUCCCCUCAUACUUUUCGUCAGCCCACAAGAGCUUUGUUAUCUUCGGAAAUCUAAAGCCAAUGAAAUUUAAACUUCCAGCAAAUAAAGAUUGUUCAAGCACGACCAGCGUAUCAUUUUUUCAAAGUUUUUCACAAAGGCCUCCUGUACUCAGUGACGAAAAUAAUGGCUUGUCUCAUUGAGUAUUGCCUCUCUAAAAAUGUCAUAAGGGAUUUAGAUUCGAAAUGCUCGUACGGAAUACUUGUCCGCUCGUACGCAGCAUUUACGGCAUGCGUAUUACAUUGUACAUCCUCUGAAAAAAACUUAAGCCCUGCAGUUUUGAAGUCAGUCAAAACCAAUUCAAUAUGACCAGAAACUGCAAGAAAUCAACGGAGAUUGGCAGAGGCCGUUUUUAAGAAAAAACCACGACUUUUCAUUUACUGCCAAUUUUUUGUAAAAACGAAAGUCUUUAGGCCUGCAAAAAUGGUCUAGUUUUUGAGGGUUUUUUCUCCAAAAUGGCAAUAUGAUCAGAAGCUAACAGAAAUUUAUAAGGAUUGG